GCAGCAGCAGCAGUAGUUUGUCUUUGCUAACCUCCCCGUUAUCAUCUCUUUUUCUUUAUUUUCAUCUUAAAAUGAACAUUUAAACGCAGGAAAAGUAGGAAAAACGAAGAGUCGUUGUUAAACAGUCCGCUAAAAUGAAGCUGAACAUCGAGGGUCUGCUGGUCUAUUUUCCUUAUGACUACAUCUAUCCGGAGCAGUACUCUUACAUGCUGGAGCUUAAGAGGACUUUGGAUGCAAAAGGUCAUGGAGUCCUGGAGAUGCCGUCAGGAACAGGGAAGACCAUCUCUCUGCUGUCGCUCAUCGUCGCCUACCAGAGGGCGUUUCCGCUGGAUGUGACCAAGUUGAUUUACUGCUCCAGAACAGUUCCUGAAAUUGAGAAAGUUGUGGAGGAACUCAGGAAGCUGAUGGAGUUUUAUGCCAAAGAAACUGGAGAAGUGAACAACUUCCUGGCUCUGUCUUUGUCCUCCAGGAAGAACCUCUGCAUCCACCCAGAGGUCAGCUCUCUGCGUUUUGGGAAGGAGGUGGAUGGGAAGUGCCACAGUCUGACGGCGUCCUACAUCCGCGCUCAACGCCACAGCAAUCCCAACCUGCCUGUCUGUCGUUUCUAUGAGGAAUUUGACGCGGUUGGACGGCAGGUUCCUCUUCCUGCCGGCAUCUACAACCUGGACGACUUGAAGGACUUUGGCAGGAGGAAAGGCUGGUGUCCGUACUACCUGGCUCGCUACGCGAUUCUUCAUGCCAACAUCGUUGUGUACAGCUACCACUACCUGCUGGACCCAAAGAUAGCCGACCUGGUGUCCAAGGAGCUGGCCAAGAAGUCAGUGGUGGUGUUCGAUGAGGCCCAUAACAUCGACAACGUGUGCAUCGACUCCAUGAGUGUGAACAUAACUCGGCGAACGCUGGACCGCUGCCAGAACAACGUAGACACGCUACAAAACACAAUACACAAGAUAAAGGAGACGGAUGCUGCCAGGCUGAGGGACGAGUACCGACGAUUGGUGGAGGGGCUGAAGGAAGCCAACGUCGCCAGGGAAACGGACAUCUACCUGGCAAACCCAGUGCUACCUGACGAGGUCCUGCACGAGGCCGUUCCCGGUUCGAUCCGUACGGCCGAACACUUUGUCGGCUUCCUGCGGCGUUUUCUGGAGUACCUGAAGGCCCGCCUGCGGGUGCAGCACGUCGUGCAGGAGAGCGCCCCGCAGUUCUUAAAAGACAUCUUCGACAAAGUCUGCAUUGACAGAAAACCUCUCAGGUUCUGUGCGGAGAGGCUGCAGUCGCUGCUGCGAACUCUGGAGAUCGCAGACAUCGCAGACUUUUCGGCCGUUACGCUCAUCUCUAACUUUGCGACUCUGGUCAGCACCUACAGCCAAGGUUUUACCAUCAUCAUCGAACCUUUUGAGGACAGAACUCCAACCAUCGCCAACCCUGUGCUGCAUUUUAGCUGCAUGGACCCGUCUAUCGCCAUCAAACCUGUUUUUCAGAGGUUCCAGUCCGUCGUCAUCACCUCAGGGACUCUCUCUCCGUUGGACAUCUACCCUCGCAUCCUCGACUUUCGACCCGUCACCAUGGCGUCCUUCACUAUGACGCUCGCACGAACCUGCCUCUGUCCUCUGAUUGUCGGCCGAGGAAACGACCAGGUGGCUCUGAGCUCAAAGUUCGAGACGAGAGAGGAUUUCGCCGUGAUCCGUAAUUAUGGCAACCUCCUCCUGGAGAUGUCGGCGGUGGUUCCAGACGGGAUCGUCGCGUUCUUCACCAGCUACGUCUACAUGGAGAACAUCGUGGCGUCUUGGUACGAACAGGGGAUCCUGGAGAACAUCCAGAAAAACAAGCUGAUCUUCAUCGAGACGCAGGACGCGGCGGAAACCAGCAUGGCUCUGGAAAAGUACCAGGAGGCGUGUGAGAACGGCCGAGGAGCCAUCCUCCUCUCUGUGGCCCGGGGGAAGGUCUCUGAAGGAAUAGACUUCGUUCACCAUUUUGGCAGAGCGGUCAUCAUGUUUGGAGUCCCGUAUGUUUACACUCAGAGCCGCAUCCUGAAGGCUCGGCUGGAGUAUCUGCGGGAUCAGUUUCAGAUCAGAGAGAACGACUUCCUGACGUUUGACGCCAUGCGACACGCCGCUCAGUGCGUCGGCAGAGCCAUCAGAGGCAAGACGGACUACGGCCUCAUGGUCUUUGCUGACAAGAGAUACGCUCGAUCAGACAAACGUGGGAAACUUCCUCGUUGGAUUCAGGAGCACAUCAACGACGGCAGCCUGAACCUCACGGUGGACGAAGCCGUCCAGCUGUCCAAGCACUUCCUGCGUCAGAUGGCUCAGCCGUUCAGACAGGAGGACCAGCUGGGUCUGUCUCUGCUGACUCUGGAGCAGCUGCAGUCGGAGGAAAUGCUGCAGAAAAUCUCUCAGAUGGCUCAUCAGACCUAAAACCCAUAAUCCGGCGGAUUAUGUCAUCACCAUGGCAACGCCAGAUUUCAAACAAACGGAGGAAAACUUUAUUCCUGCACCAGCCUUCCCACAAACACUUAAAAACUGUUCAUCAGCGUGUAGAUUAUGUAAAUUGAUUCUUUUUUUUAAUAUCCAUCUGUUACAAAAAAAAUAAAAAAAAUUGGAGGUUCUGUAAAAACA